AUGUUGGUAGAGACCCCCCCUAAGAGCCUCCUUGAACAUCUUUUUCCUGGAUGGCCUCAGGCCAUCCAUCUAAACAUCUAUAAUAGAAUUAGUGUCUUGCUGAAAAAUGUGACCCUGACAGACAAUGGAAAACUACACGACAAAAUCGCUCGUAUACCAGGCAAGACAGUGUUACGCGAACUCCGGAACACUAUUGGCCAGGAGUUUUUGACGUUUGGACUGAUGUUUUCAUGCAUGGUACUAGCAACUGAAUAUUUCACGUCCUUGUCAAUAUCGCUCAUCUUGGGACCAAUCGAGGCACUGACGAAACUUUCAGAGAUAAGUGGCAGAAAGAGAUUGUAG